UCAUAUACCUUUACUUCGCUCACUUCAAGUUCUUAAAAUGAACAGAUGGCAGUUCAUUUUCAUCAUUUUACAAAUCAGCGAUAAGAUAUUGAGUUAUCCUUUAGAAGAGCCUAUUUUGGACGAUCCUGAGUUGACUGAAAAUUAUUAUCAAGGUGAUAUAGAAUAUCCUCCAAUUAAAUCGCGUAAUGGGAUUCACUCAGAGACUUUCCGAUGGCCAAAUGGCCUCGUCUACUAUCAUAUUGGCGAACGGCAAUUCGACCAGGACCAAAAGAAACAUAUAGAGCUUGCCAUGGAUAUAAUAUCCGGGUUUUCAUGCAUCAGAUUUCAAGAGGUACCAUCGAGUGCCACGUCUUACUUGAACAUCACUUCCUAUAAACCUGGUUGCAGUGUAGAUAAAAUUGGCUGGGAGAACAAUGUUCGAAAUAUGAAUCUAAAAUCAAAUAAUGUGGGCUUUGGGUGUUUUCGCCUUGGAACCAUAUUGCAUGAGCUGUUGCAUGUGUUGGGUUUCAAGCAUCAGCAUGUAGCGGCUAAUCGCGACGAAUAUAUUUAUAUCCAUUGGAAGAACAUUAAGCCAAAAUACUGGAACGAUUUUCUACAUGAUCACAAAAAACAGCCACUACACAAUUUUGGAGAGGAUUAUGACUAUAAUAGUGUAAUGCAUUAUUCUCGAUAUGCCUUCACCAUCGAUCGUAAAUUAAUGACAAUUGAACCUAUUAAAAAGGGUGGUGAACGAAUGGGUCAACGAAUCUUUUUGAGUAAAAAAGAUAUUACAAAACUAAAUGAAAUGUAUAAAUGUGAAUUGAGGGGAAAUUUACCAAAAAGUUACUUACAAAUAUAAGAAACUUCAUUUUUGGAGUCGAAUCAUAGAAAAAUAAUAAAUAUAUAUUUCUGUAACGCCAUUAAUCAUUAAAGUCUGUUAUCUUAAGAACCUUUAAAAUGUAAAUCCAUUUGGUUCUUUCUAUGACAUUCUGGCGUGAUUUUAAUAAAGUAAGUUAGUCAACCGGCGAAAAAAUCUA